UCGUAUGUUUGACAAAAAAAAAGCAACAAAGAAAGAAAAUUGUAAACAAAUAUGCAACAACUUACCAUCUUUAAAUCUCUAUUCAUUUUCUUCUUUGUCAUGCAUGAGUUUUCUUGCCGACUAUUGAGGAUGAAGCAAAUCGAAUGCCUUACCUUUGAUCCUGAAUAUGCCAAGUUCGAUUUGUGCAAGCUGGACACUAGCAUGCGUAACAGCCCGUCACUGUCCUUGGCAAUACGCAUGCUCAAACUGCCUAUGAAGAAUAUCAAUUUUAGAAUUGAAGUUGGUCUACUGGGAAUUAGCUCUCCCAUAACAGUGCUCAAUAAUAGCUGGGAUGGUUGCGCCUUUCUAAAGAGCCGUAAAUCGAAUAAAGUUUUUAGACGCUUGUAUCAGUACAUUGCACCGUAUACCAAUUUGAAUCACAGCUGCCCCAUUAAUCAUGACAUCUACAUAUGUAACAAAUCUUACCAUAGCUGCAGGCGGAUCAGCUUUAACAAUGCUUGGUGGCGAGUUUGUGACAAAAGUGGAAGCUGCAACCGAUGGAAAAAGGCGAGUUUCUAUAAAACUAACAUCCAGCUAUUAAAUUGGAAAAAGCAAAGCGAAAACUUCUCCUACACGCAAAAAUAUAAUUCGUUUCACAUAAAGGAAAUUUUGGCCAAGUAAACUACUUUUUGGAGAUAAGUUGGACUUUGUUUACGAUAAAAUUAUAUGAUUUUUGUGAUAGACUCCUUAUAAGUGCAACAUAUUAUUCGGGAAUUCGAAUAGUUUGUUCUUAUAAUAAAUUAGUCUAAUUUUUAAAUAGUUAGUGCAUAUUGAAAAGGAUGCCAAGUUCAGUUGAAUGUUGUAACAUAAUUCAAACUCAAAAUUUCACCAAUUUUAACCAGAUCUCAUUUUGUAAUUCGAGCCCUUUCAGAUUGUAUGUGUACUUGUUUCCAUGCUAUGAUACACAAUUAUAUUAUAAUCCUUCAAUUUUCGCACAACUCCAUUAUGGAGUUUUGUAUAAUGUUCCGCUGUAUUCGUUAUGCUAUAAAUAAAUCAAAAUAUCACUUA